AUGCUUGCACUAGUGCUACAAGCUCGCGAAGGUCCACGAAGCUUUGGUUCACGUGAAUCGCUCACUUCCAAAUUCGCUGUCGAUCCCUCAAUUCUCGCUAUGGGGCCCAAGUACACACGCUUAACGUUUACUUACUGGGCCUUGGUUUUGGCAGCUGCUCUACUGAACUACGUUUGUGUGGCAUCGCAAGUUACGGAAUCCUCUUUUCCUACGACUGCACCCCUCGAUCUUGACGUAACUUUGACUGGCAUGCGAGUUACUCGCCGCUUGAGAAGCACUACGGUUAAUGGUAGCGAAGACUACGAAGACAGAGCAUUUCCAGGUGCUACGAAGCGAAAAGAUCUUACUCAAGCGGAAACGAAAAAACUGCAACAGAUUGCUGGAGGCGCACAAACCAAGUUAACGAGUUACAAGCUAAAAAACUGGAUGGAUGACGGAAAUCUGCAGACGACGUUUACAAACUCCUAA